UGUACGCGAUCUUAUCAUAAAAAUAUUGAUUAUGUUUCUCGCAGACACAAACACACCUCUUUUGUAGCAAUUGUAUCAUCGCAUUGUGUACCUUCCUCUACUUUCAUUAAAUUAAUGUACAUAUAUAAAAUGGUGAUCUAGGUAUAGCUUACACACCGGCAGAAUUUGUGUCAGUCAGACUCUGGCGCUGAAUCUGUUAAGACAGGAUUUUAGAAUUAUCAUAUAUUUCAUAAUCCUGGUAUAAUUAUCUCAUUUGACAUUAAUCGUUAAUUUAGUGAUAGUGCGGUAUUUAGGUCAUAAACGUUGUGUGAAUUCUUUGUAUUACUAUUUCAUUUGCGAAUCUGCAACGCGAUGUUUUUUGAACUUUAUUGGCAAUAUUUUGUGGUCGGACUUAUACUCUACGGUGUAGUGAGAGCGUUUUACGUUUAUUACAGUAAAAAGGAGAAAAAUGUACAAAGCCGACACAAGAAAGAUGACGAUUUUAGGACACCAGACCAAAUUGCCGAAGUUAAGGCCGAAAUUUCUGAUCCUGAAUCUGAGGAUGACCUAACUCCUGCUCUUCCUAGUGACUUGGAACAUGUUCCACUCAAAUUUACCAAACUGUCACUUGAAGAAACCAUGAAAAGAUCCGAAGAAUUUUACAAUUUAAUGAACAAACGUCGAAGUGUUCGAACCUUCAGUUCCGAACCUGUGCCAAUGGACGUAAUUAAAAAUAUCGUAAAAACUGCAGGAACAGCCCCAAGUGGGGCCCAUACAGAGCCCUGGACAUUUGUCGUGGUAACGUCAAUGGAUGUGAAACAAAAAAUCAGAGCGAUCAUCGAAGAGGAGGAAGAAAUUAACUACAAAAAAAGGAUGGGUAAAGUGUGGACAACGGAUUUAAAACCGCUGAGGACCACGUGGAUCAAGGAGUAUUUAACGGAAGCACCUUGCCUGAUUUUGCUGUUUAAACAAAUGUACAGCUUUCGAGAGGAUAAUAAGAAAAAGUUGCACUAUUACAAUGAACAAAGUACUUCAAUUGCUGGCGGGUUUUUAUUAACAGCCAUACAUUACGCUGGUUUGGUUUCGUUAACUUCAACACCGUUGAACAGUGGGCCUGCUCUUAGAGCACUGUUGGGAAGACCGUCUUCGGAAAAGCUUACCUUGCUGUUUCCGGUGGGAUAUCCGUCCAAAGAUUGUCUGGUUCCGGAUUUAGAACGAAAACCUGUUGACCAAAUAAUGGUAGAAGUUUGAAAGAUUAGACCACAUUUUGUCCAACUAUGUAAUCUCUGUAAUAAAAAAUUAACAAUGUU